AUGGCACCCCUUGAGAUUCUUCCCGGCGAGCUACUCAUUGAGGUCGGAGGAUGCCUGGUUGACCUGGAUAAUAUCAGUUUCCAUGACCCGAACAGCCUUGCACCGACUCUUAGGCGCUUUGCACUCAAGAACCUCUAUCUUAUUCAUUGGGCAGCGGCAGAAGGUCAUCAUCACCUGGUAAAAUUACUUCUUGAUGCGGAGGUUGAGGUUGAUCGCCAGACCCCCAAUCGCCGUACUCCUCUUCAGGCUGCUGCUUACAGUGGGAAGCUCGAGGUUAUGACAUAUCUUCCCUACAGAGGUGCAGACGUUAGCGCGCACUAA